AUGUCGUUAGAGGGCGACUACUCAAACUACACAGCUGCACAAUGCUUCGGUCUGCAGGACACGGAACAUCAAGUUGCCUGCUCCGCGCAGCACCUGAACAUCACCAACCCCCCCUCCAUCUACGGAUACGAGCACUAUGAGCAGCUCUGGCUCUCCACCGCCUGCCUGCUUUGGAAUGUGACCACGGGGCACCGAGUAACCGUUCACGAUGACUUCGUGUGGUGCUCCGUGCCAUUACAAGCCCAGGACGCAUUUUUGUUCGUGGGCCUCGCCCUCCUGGUCAUGGCGACACUGUUUGGGAAACUGUCAGCGGUGUGGGUGCUGAUCACAGGUGGUGUCUUGGGAAUAAUCAACUGGCAAGUGAACCUGGGCCUCAUUUCAAAUGCCAUCAGCAUCUGGCUCAACAUUCAGCCACCGGAUCUCUUCUUCUAUGCAUUCCUCCCGCCCUUGCUCGUCGACUCAGCCAUUCGCAUCGAUUUCUUCAUGUUCCGCAAGCUGAGCCUCCACGCCGUGAUGAUGGCGUUUGUGAUGGUGGUCCUCUCCGCCCUCAUCCUCACGCCCCUCAUCCUCUUCGUCCUGGGCUUCCAGGACCGGGGCUGGUCCUGGGUGCACGGCGCCCUCUUUGCCAGCAUGAUUGCGCCCACAGAUGCCCUGGCUGCGGCCGCCAUCCUGAAACAGGGGGGUGGCCCGGAGCGGCUGGUGGUGCUGAUGGAGGGGGAGGCGCUGCUGAACGAUGCCUCCGCCAUCACCCUGUUUGAGGUGUUCAUGCACAUCAUCGAGGAGCACAUCAACCCCGCGGAGCCCUACCCUUCGGUCUGGAGCAUCCUGCCCACGAUCAUCACCCAGACGCUCAAGCUGGCCUCGGUCGGGUUUGCCAUCGGGCUGGCCAUGUCCUGGCUCACUUUCCACUUCCUGCACUGGCUGAGGUGGAGGGGGGCCAAGCCGUACGUGGAGAACAGUGUUAUCAUUGCGGUGGCAUACCUCUCCUUCUAUGUCGCCAACGAUCCUGCCAAGGGCUCGGGCGUUAUCUCGGUGGUGGUCUUUGGCCUCUAUGGCAACAUGACCUCCAAGUGGGGCAUGCUGUCGUCGUCCGAGGAAAGCGGGGCGUUUGACGCAGUGUGGGACGCCAUCACCUUUUCGGCUAAUGGACUGGUGUUCCUGUGGAGCGGUAUUGCAGCCGUCAACUACACCGUCAACUCCGUCGCCAUCCUGAACAACACGGCCUGGAGUUACGCAGCCAUCCCCCUCAUUUGGGUGUUCAUGUUUUUCAUCCGAGCAGGGUGCCUGGUGCUCUUCAACCCCAUCUUCAAAUGGGUCGGGGAAGCUCUGUCGACCCAGGACAUCAUUUUCACCAGUUGGUGCGGCCUCCGCGGCGCAGUGUCCCUCAUCAUGGUCGCGGACUUUAUCUCCAACAGUCAGUUCCACCUGGGCGACCGCAACAACCCUGAAGACCCCUAUACUGUGCUGAACGCAGUGAACGCGGACAUCAGCCUGUGGACCUCGGCCUUCGUUCUGCUCACCCUGGUGGUCAACGCGCCCUUCAUCGGCCAGAUCAUGGCCCUGCUGCGCCUGAACAAGAUUCCCUGGGAGAAGCGCAAGAUGCGGGCCAAGGCCAAGGCGGCGCUGGUGCGCUUCACGUCCAACGCGCUGGAGGCGCUGCAGACCGACACCGACGAGUUCCUGCAGGGCGCCAACUGGGAUGCGGUGCUGGCCUACGUGGAUGUCAGCACCGCCCUGGCCGCCUUCGACCUCCCCGCCAAACGCAGCGAGUCCUUCGCAGAGCCGCACGGCCGCGGCCUGCCAGCGCUGUAUCACAGGGUCAAGUCCGCGGUGUUUGGCCGCAUGAACGACCGCGGGUCGGCGGUGCUGGGCAACCCCGCGGUGGAGGUGGCAGACAUCAUCCCGCACAUGGUUGGGGUGAGGACCUCGGCCGGCGGGGUCGGGGCUGUCCCCGAAGGCGACUCCCCGGCCAAGGGCAAGCUGGUGGGGGCGGAUACCAGCCCCAACGGCUACACAUCCGACUCGGAGAGCACGGCCUCCAGCAACUUCACCAUGUCUGACAUCUCCGAUGUGGUCGAGGAGCUGCGCGGCGAGAUUCCCUAUCUCCACCACGACGGCCUGGCGCGGACCUCGUGGCACGAGGGCUCCGCCGAUCUGGAGAUGGGGCUGGGGCGCGCCACGGCAGUCCCCGGCGCCGCCCUAGGUGCCCCGCCUGCCACGCUGACCCCGCGCCCCUCCCCCCACGCCAGCUCCGGGUCGCUGACGCACGGCAGCGCCUCCGCGCACUCCGGCACCGCUUCUUUCGUCGGGGAGCGCCUCGCCACGCCCUUUGCCGCAGCGGCCGGCCCUGGGCCCGACGUGCGGGCACGGGAAGAGGAGGAGCGGUACUACAGCACGCUGCCCGCGCUGAGCGCCGCGCAGCUGGGCGCCGCGCUGCGCGAGUCCAUGGCCGCCGAGCAGAAGGCGGCGGGCAAGCGCGCAGAGGAGCACGAGGCCUACUACUCCAGCAUGCCGGCCGCGCUGGGCGCGUCCCUGGGCCGCGAGCUCCGCGCCCAGCUGACCAAGCGCUCGGCGGACUUGGCGUCCGCCGAAGGGAUGGUGGUGGGCCAGGAGAAGCAGGAGCUGGUUGGCGACGAGCGGGCGGGCGGGGGGAAAGAAGAGCCCGAGCGGGACGCACAGGCGGUGCUGAAUGAGGAAGACGUCAUCAAGGCGUCGGUCCAGCGUGCCUUUGCGGCCGCGCUGGCUGGCGAGCGCGGCGCGGCGGGUGGGCGCGAACCGGUUCCUGAGGCUGUAUCGCACGAGGGUGAUGCCACUGCGCAGCCGCCAUCCGAGCCCCCCCUGGACUACUACUCCAGCAUGCCCGCGGCCCUGGGCCGGCGCGUGGCGGGCGAGCUGGCAGCGAACCUGGCGCAGCAAACGCAGCACGCCCAGGACGCCACCAUGUCUCUGCCCCUGGGCCUGGCGCCUCGCCAGCCCAGGGGGCGGCCUGACGUCGAGGAAGGAGAGGAGACGGAGAGCGUGGCAAAGGCAGAGGGCGCGGCGGAUGAUGGUCGGGCGCAGGAGAACAAUGAGGCACACGGCAGCGAAGGCACCGGCGACAGGUCGUCCUCGUCCCAGUCGGCGGAGACCGUGGCGCUGCUCGCGCCGGCAGAGGCGCCUCCCAGCGACGCCCAGGAGCCAGCGCCGCAGGCUCGACCUGAGGAGGGGACGCAGGCCAAUCACUUCUCGACCAUGCCCGCCCAGAUGGGCAGGGCCCUCCAGGCACGCCUGCUCCAGGAACUGGCCAAGCAGCGCUCGAUAGAGAUGACGAGGCCUCCGCCCCAGCAGCAGCCCGGGGCGGUCGCAGCGCGGCCGCCCAGGCCCAGCCGAGGCCGGAACCUGCGCCAGGAGCUGGAGAGGUCUCGGGCAAACCUGCCUGGACACUCGGCCAGCUUCAACUCCCAGCAGACCCUCCUUGGGAAGAAGACGGCAGAGACCUCCCUCCCCUCCACACACCUGGAUGUGACGCCCUUUGCCCGGCCCAUUGCCUCACACCAGACCCACAUUCACCACAAGAGGGGCGGGUCGGGGUCGGCAGCCCACGGCAACACCCCCUUCUCCAACGUGCUGGCAAAGCACCGGCUGGCACACACCCGCGGCCCCAGCAUAGACCCCAUCCCCGAGGCGCCCGUGGCGGCUACGCCGCGCCCGCUCAGGGCGCAAGCGGAGGAGUCGCUGACGCCCCGGUCACAGGACGGGCGCCCCAGGGGAGGCACCCCCGUGAACGUCGUGGAGAGCGUUGUCGCAAGGUCGUGGCAGAACAAGGUGGACAAGGCCAGCCUGCACAAGCUGCCCCUCCGCGCCGGGCUGCCCAUGAUGGCCAUGCUUGGCACCACCCCCUCGGCAGACCUGGUGUCCCACACAGGUUCCAGGGACCUGGGGCGGCUGUCGGGGCACCUGGCCCGCGCGCGCUCCGCGGAUGCGCUGACCCCGCGCAGCCUGCCCGGCGACUCGGAGCCGCAGUCCCCCGACGGCAGCUUCGCCGGGCUGGGCGGAGAAGGCCCGGAGUCUGGCGCCUCCCUGCGCCCCGUGCUCAGCGAGGAGGCCACCGACGAGAUGCGGGGGCGCCUGGUGUCGGGGCUCAAGCGCUACUUCCACGGCAAGCGCCUGCAGGGCCUGCUGUCCAUCAAGGGCCUGCGCAUCCUGGACUACGCCUGCGACCACGCCGCGGAGCACGUCGACCGCCCCUUUGCCAUCUGGCAGAGCCUGCAGAAGGAGAUCAAGGGCGACCUGGUCACGCGCUGCCUGGCGCGCCUCCUCAUGUGGAUGGCCCGCGCCUUCCGCGCCAGCCCCGCCUGGCUCCAGUGGACGGUGCAGUGGCCAGUGCGCAAGCUGACGGGCAUCAUGCGUGCGGCGCUGGGCCGGCGCAUGCUGGUGGCUUGCGAGGUGGCGGUGGAGUACUACCUCAGCCUGCUGUGGAGCCCCCAGGUCUCCUGGCUGAAGGAGGUGGACGGCGCGGCAGACCUGCUGGCGGAGGUGGAGGUGGAGACGGAUGCGGCGUACCGCUUCAUCAUCGACCGCGAGAUCGAGGCGCCCGACCGCUUCGGCGCCAUCCAGUCCUACCGCGCGGCCAUGGCCCUGCUGCGCCAGCAGUUCACUUUCAUUGAAGAGCUGUACGACUCGGGCAUGGUGGACCACGGGGAGCAGAAGAUGAUGGUGGACGCGGUGGACAAGAAGGCGCGGCACCUGGAGAUCACGGGCCCGGUGUGGAAGCCGCCGCGCCACCGCUCCCUCAUGCGCUCCCUGCCCUUCAUGUCAGGGCUGAGCGAGGCUUACUUCCGCCGCAUCUUUGCUGCGGGGACCAUCCGCGAGUUUGCGACGGGGGAGGCCUUCUGGGCCAGCAGCGACGUGGUGGCCGACAGCGGGCGGCGCGAGGGCCCCGGCGCCUUCAUGGUCCUGUCGGGCGUGGUGAAGCAGAUCCACGUGGCCCCUGAUGGCACCCGCCGGGAGUACUACCAGGGCAUCGGCGGCGUGGUGGGCCUGGUGCUCAUGCUCACCGGCUCCUACCUCCCCGGCCGCCAGAUGGCGGUGGCGGAGGGCAACGUGCUGGGCAAGGGCCCUGUCCUCUUCCACCUGCCCCAGCACGUGGCCAUGACGCUGCGCUCGCAGGCGGCCUCGGGCCUGGCGGAUGCCCAGCGCCUGGAGGCCAGCCUGGCGCGCCUGGCCGGGGUCUACGCCAUCCAGGGCAUGGAGCGGGAGGUGCGGGACGAUGUGGCGCACCACCUGCUGCGCCUCACCACCGCGCGCGUGCAGCACUCCAUGCGCCGCCAAGCCAGCGGCAGUGGGAGUGGCGGUGGGGGUGGCACUGCGCGCGGCGCAGAGGCCGGCGCCGACCUGGCUCGCGCCAGCGUGCGCCCUGGCGGCGGCGUGGACCGUGGCCUGGCCUCGGUCAUGCAGGACCUGGCCGCCGCCGAGCUGCGGGCGCUGGAGCGCGAGGGCGCCGGCGCCCCAGACGGCCAGGCGGAUGAUGCGAGUGCUCGGGGCGACGACACCGCGCCGCGCGGCGGCGGCGGCGGCGAGGACAGCGACGGCGCCUCCAGCUCCGUGGGCACCGCGGAGGGCUCCUUCUCCUCGCGACGCCCGCUGCUGGGCGCGCGCGCGCGCGACAGCGGCGAAGCCGGCGCCCUGCGCGCACGGGGGAGUGGGUCGGGCGAGGGCACGCUGCGCGCGCGGGCUCGGGCCGCGGUGCGCAAGGCCCCCGUGCACGGCGACGAGGUGCUGGAGGCCAUGCGCAGGAGCCUGCCCAGCGCGGUGGUCCUGUUCCUGCCCCCCGGCCGCGAGAUGGUGCAGACCAGCCAUAUGGUGCUGAUCGGGGGCAGCCUGCACCACGCCAAGCCGCGCGGCGGCGGCGGGCUGCCGGACUCGGGCCACGUCGCCACCACCGCCACCAACACCGGGGAGAGAUGGGGCGUGGUGAUCGCGCCGCGGCCCCUGCCCUGGCUGGCCAACCCGGGGCUGAGGUGCAACCGCCACGUGCCGCGGUACAUGCUCCUGUCCCAGCGAUGGGUGGGAGGGAACCAGGGCGCGCUCAUCGUCGCCGGCCUGACCUCGGAAGGGCCCGCCCGCCUGGGCUGCUGA